GGCGCCCUGCAACAGCAGAAGCAGCAGAGGCAGCUCCUCCUGUUGCAGCAACAGAUCCACAGUCGGUGUCUGCAGCAGCAGCAGCAGCAGCAAAUACUGCAGCAAUAGCUGCAGUAAAUGCUAGAGAAAACAGAAGGGGAGGAGGGGACCCCCUAGGGGCCCCCUCAGGGGCCCCCUCAGAUGUUACUGAGGUGCCUCUGAACGUCGUGGGGGCCCGCGUGGCGCUGUGGGUAAGGGUGGGGGGCCAGCCGUUGCUGCUGGGCUUAGACUCUUGCAAAGAGGGCCUCAGGCUGUUUGCUUCAGGCACUCCUGCAUGCACUUCUGGAAGGGCUGCUGCUUCACAACAGCAGCAGCAGCAGCAGCAACGGCGGCAGCAGCAACGCGAUGAAGCAGAGCACGCAGGAUCCGCAGAGGUACAGAACCAAUCAGAACAGCAGCAACAGCAGCAGCAGCAGCAGCAGCAGCAGCAGCAGGACGCGAUAGAACAGCAGCAGGAGCGGGAGCAGCCGGAGGAAGGGGAGACGGAAGCCAAGGAUAAACGGCGAAGGAAGCACCAGAAGCAACAGCAGCAGCAGCAGCUUGCCUGCUAUGACCCUGAUGCCUCUGCUGCUAGCACUUGGUGUUUAAACUGGCACGAGAUGUGCACUCCUUUCUCUGAGACCCCCUUUAGCUGCAGGCCCUCCAAGCAGCAUGAUUCUCAAUAUGCCGCCCGGUGCUACUUUCAGUGCAGCAGCAGCAACAGCAGCAACAGCAACAGCAGCAGCAGCAGCAGCAGCAGCAGUGGGGUGUGUGUUUGUUGCUGCAGAUAUAAACAAGUAGUCGAUGGCAUCUUCGUCUCAGAAUUGCGCUUAGAAGGCCACGACACAGUGGAAAUGCUGCCUCCAGGCUACACCCCUACAGCAGGAAGGCAGACUCCGGGAGGGGCCCCCGGGGGGCCCCCAGGGGGGCCCCCAGGGAGCCUUCAAGACGCUGCUGUACCCUCUUUGUUUGCACUACGCCUGAGCAGAUUUCCAGUGAAGUUGGUGCUGGAAAGAGACGUAGAGUUUGAUGCAUAUAAGGGUUUAGAUGGCGUGUGGGGGAUAGCAGGACCCGAUCUCUGCUGCCGCGAGGCGUCUUUAUGGAAUUUGCUCUUGGAUCAGAAUAUAAAGGGAGUAGGGAUAGACAUAAAUCUGCCUCCGUCAACGGGGCCCCCUUCUUCAUUACCUGAGAAAACCCCCCAGCAGGAAGGGGGGGCCCAAGCAACUACCUCAUCGCAGGAAGAGGGUCCCCGGGGGGCCCCUCCCGCACAGGAGGCUCCUCAGUCGCAGGAGGGGCCCCAGAGGGCUCCUCCCUCACAGGAGGCUUCCCCAUUGCAGGAAAAGGGGUCCCAUGGGGCCCCUAUAGUCAGCGAGUUACAGCCGUCAAACAUAUACUUUUCAAGCGACGCGAGGAGGAUAUUCGGAGAAAUGAUGUGGGCAGAGCGCAUGCAAACUGGGGCUGCUGGAGUGGAUGCUUUGAUUCAUUUUUCUACUUUUGACUGGCGGCUUUGCGGAGAACAAAUAGGACAUCCGCUCUCGAGCACUUGGGAGGCCGUCGUAGACCUCAGCUCGGAGUGUAUGGUGGUUCCUCCGCCAAUGUGGAGAAGUCUAAGGGCGUGGCUGCCUUUAGAUGUUGAGCAUGAACUUUGCAAAGACCCAGAAUCAGAAGAAGACAGCAUAAAUGUUCAUACCUCCCGAGACAGCCCGCGCCUUCAACUGCCCUUAGAACACCUUGUUAUUCAUGAACCCGGUGUAGGAGAAGUCCUCUGCGUCGUGCCUCAGCCUUUCUUGUCUAUGGGAGCUGACCAGUGGCGGCAAAUCCGCUUCGGCACGAGGGUUCUCUCUGCUUUUAAAGUAGUGAUGGACAGGGACAACUGGCGCGUGGGGCUGCAAGAGAAAUCCCCUGAGCCUAACAACGACUCCGCCUGCGCUGCUCGUGCCGAGUGCAUAGGCGAACAGACGUAUGUACCCUACACAAACCGGUGCGCCGAUCCUGAUUGCAGCGUAAAGAUACUCUUCGAGUUAAAUCAAGACACCAAAGUAUGUGAACUGGCAUGGUGGGUGCCAGGUGCGGUAGUAACCGCAGUUGCAGCUCUCGUGACUCUUGAACUGUUUGUCCUGCAUCUUCGCCAAAAAGUAGUGGCUGAAGCGUGCUCAGGAAGACAGUGA